AUGAAUGUGAUACUGACUUGGACAGAUCGACGCCGUGGGGGUGACAGAGAUCGUAGGCGAUCGCGUUCGCCUGCUCCAAUUGACCGCUAUCAACCCGAUCGAGUUCGUGAUGACUUCGGCUACAAUCGAGGUCGCGAUGAGCCUCACGGAAGACGACGCUCAUCACCACCACCAAUCGACCGCUACGUCCCGGGUAGUUCGGAACCGCCCGCACUGCUUGCCAACCCGCUUCCCGAUCCGAUGGGAUUAGAAUUCCAGGUCGGAUUCACUUGGUUCGCCGAGUGGUGGCGAACAGAGCAACGCAUCAAGGACGAGAAAGAGCGGAUGAAACAAGGAAAGCCUCCACCACGACUGAAAGGCGAGCGCGAGACAAGAGAACAGAGAGAUGCGGAGCGCCCGAAAAUCCAGGCUGCCUACGAUCAGUACAAAGAAAAUCUCCAAAAGAAACAGGCGCAAACGUUCGUCCAUUUGCAUAAAAAUGAGGAUUGGUUUCGGGAGCGCUAUGUACCAGAGGCGCGAAGUGCUUUCCGAGCCAAGUUGAGAGACUACCGCAAAGGGCUCUAUGCUCAAUGGGAACAAGAUCUCACCACGGGUGUGUUCGAUGAAUUCACGCUCGAAGGCAUCUACAAAUCCGAAUCAAACGGCCUGGGCGGUAUUCUUGAGCGAGAGGAAGGUGAGGCUUCAGCAGCUGCGGAAGUUUUGGGUGUUGGCGACCUGCUCCCAUCGAAGGGAGGAGAUCUGCGGGACCCAGUUGCGCUGCAGUCGACUUUACUCAUCAAGACCAUUGCUCCCACCGUGACACGCGAAAGGUUCGAAGCCUUCGCGAAGGAGCAUUUGGGAGAAGAUGCGGGUGGUUUCAGACACUUAUCCCUGUCUGAUCCGAAUCCACUGAAGAAGUGCCAUCGCAUGGGCUGGAUCAUCCUCCAUCCAGAUACGGAGAAUGACGAAAUGACCGAUGCGCCCUCAAAGCGACCCGGGUCUGAGAAUGAAGAUGGUGAGGAUGGGGAGGAUGAGGCUCCCAAGGCUGAUACUUCGAAGACGAGUGUAAGCGAGAGAGCUCUGGAGAAGAUCAACGGGAAGACGAUUGAAGACCCUGAGCGAGGAAGCUUUACAGUACAUUGCGGUGUUCAUCGUCCUCCGGAAGCACCAAGGAAGAAGGCCCUCUGGGACCUGUUCUCCGCUCCUGAACGCAUAGCCCGCGAUCUUGAACUCGCUGUCCGACUUGUGCGACGACUAGACAACGAACUGGGAGACGAGUGCUUUGGUGUCGCCAAGGUUGAGGAGCGCGUGCAUGACCUCUCAGAACGAGGCAUGCUCAAACCCGAGAUCGAGGCCAAGAAUGAUUCACAUGACAUGGAUGUCGAGGCCGAAGAGGGCGAAGAAGAGGAAGGAAUGAUCGACGAAGACGAAACGGACGACGAUGAGCUUUGCAGCAAAAAGAAGAAGCUAGAUCUUCUCGUGGAGUACUUGCGAAGGGUGUACAACUUUUGUUUCUUCUGCGUGUUCGAAUCCGACUCGAUACACGAACUGCAGCGCAAAUGUCCUGGUGGGCACUUGCGUCGACCACGGGCGAGCCUCACCUCGGCAGCGAAGGAGACUGCUCGUGCCAGCGCUCAAGGCGAGCCUUUCCCAUUGAAGAAGGGCAAGGAUGGCAAGACUGACGGUGCUGAGGAUGAUGGUAUGGAGGUGGAGCCGGAAAGUCCCACGGACGAAAAGAAAUCGGCUCUGCGACCCAGCAUGAAGGUCACACAGCAGCUACAGCGGGCUUUCAAUUGGGUGAGGACUUUUGAAGAGAAGGUUCUGCAGAUACUGGAGCCUGACAACGUCAACUUGCGCAAACUUGGAGGCACACCAACUGAGGAAGGGGUUGAGAAGGAGCUCUCCAAGUACAUGCUUCAAGAGGAUGCCAACAAAUUUCGAUGCAAGGUACCCGACUGUGUCAAGCUGUUCAAGACCUUUGACUUCUGGCGCAAACACGUAGAGAAGCGCCACACGGAGUGGUUUGAGCAAAUUCGUGCGGAAGUCGAGCUAGUCAACACUUACGUCCUCGAUCCGGCGCACAUUGCACCUAGUAGGAGUGAUGCGAAUUCGAAUGGGCACUUCCCACUCAACAACCACGCGCCAUCAGGCACGCCUCGCGGCUUCCAACUGAAUCAGCAGUUCCCGAUGAGCUUUCACAUACCGCCCAUGGCCGGCAUGCCAGCCAUGUUCCCUGCAAAUGGGAUGCCUGGCGCGUGGGCCGCGAACCCUGCCAUGGCAGGUGGCAUCGGUCCUAUGCGUACCGGCGCACGCAACAAUGGCAUGAACGGUGGCUAUCGCAUGCCCGGACCAUACGCUCGUAACGGGCGUGGGAGGAUGCCGUCGAUGAGUGGCAGUCGUCCAGGCGCUGGUGUUGGGGAAGGAUUGGUUGGACCAUCCGAAGCAGUAGCCGGGCGAAGUCUGCGGAGUUAUGAGGAUUUGGACGCCGACAAAGGUCAGGGCACGGGCGAAUUGAAUUAUUAA